CCGGGCUGCCAGCUGCCUCCAGGCGGCAAGGCCGAGCACGGCGCCCCGCACCCCCGCGGCGCGUCCCGGGCCAGCGCCGGCCCCUUCCUCGCUCGGGGUGAGGUGCCAGGGCCCGGCACCGGCACCGGUCUCGGCGGGCCGCGGAGGGACCCGUGCGCAGCGGCGCAGGGGGGCCGGGGCCAGGAACCCCGGGGCCGGGCGGCGGCGGCCAAGCAGGGCGGGGAGGCCCCACAGCCGGUUCCCUCUUUGCCAGGCGCGUGAUUGGCGGCAGCGGCGGAGCUGCCUACCGCCGGCCAUGGAGCCUCCCCUCCGGCCCUCGGCCCGCUCCGCUUCCUGCUGAGGAAAACACCUGUCCGGAGCCGGGGCCGGGGCCGGGGCCGGGGCCGGGGCCGGGGCCGCGUCGCUGCGAUUUCUUCUGGCAUGGAUUUGGGGGAUUAUGAACAGCCUGUUGUUAUGAGAGAGGAAAACAAACGAAGGAGAAGAAGAAUGAAACCUCAUUGUACAUCAAGUAAUUUGUCAUCAAUGGAACUGAUAUCCAUUGAGUUCAUUUUACCUACAAGCAAUAAACAUACUAAAGUACCGGAAAUGAUGGUACUCGAAAUAGCUGGCAACUGUACAGUUGAGCAAAUGAAAGCACAGAUUUGGAUGCGUGCAAUAGAGAUGAGUCAAACCACAGACUUCUACCAUGCAUUCAGCCCAGAUCAAUUUAUUCUGCAGUAUCAGAAGAAAGGGCAAUGGUAUGAAAUUUAUGAUAAACAUCAAGUAUUACAGACAUUGGACUGCAUACUGUACUGGAAAGUGUUACAGAAAAAGGUAGGCAAGAUCUAUGUUGUCCAGAAACAAAAGCCAUCAGAAGAAGUUCAGGAAUUUCAGCGGCAACUUAACGAUUUAAUUGGUUAUGAUGUUACUGAUGUAAGCAACGUGCAUGAUGAUGAACUAGAAUUUACACGUCGCAGAUUAGUCACUCCACGAAUGAUAGAGGUAGCCUGUAGAGAUCCUAAAUUGUAUGCAAUGCACCCAUGGACUACAUCUAAGCCACUCCCAGAAUAUUUAUUUAAAAAGAUCACUAAUAAUAACAUUUUCAUAAUCAUACAUAGAGGAACAACUAGCCAAAAAAUUAAAGUGUCAAUAGAUGACACUCCAGAUAUGAUUCUCCACAGCUUUUUCACAAAAAUGGCAAAGAAAAAGUCUUUGAUGGACAUUCCUGAAGAUCACAGUGAACUGGAUUUUGUUCUCAGGAUUUGUGGCAGAGAUGAGUACAUUACUGGAGAGACACCUAUCAAAGAUUUUCACUGGAUAAGGCAGUGCCUUAAGAAUGGGGAAGAAAUUCACCUUGUCUUAGACAAUCCCCCUGACCCGAAAGAGGAUGAGGUUCAGAAGGAAGAGUGGCCCUUGGUGGAUGACUGUACAGGAGUUACAGGGUAUCAUGAACAAUUGACAAUAGAUGGAAAAGAUCAUGAGAGAGUCUUCACUAUCUCUUUGUGGGAUUGUAAUAGGAAAUUUAGGGUGAAAAUAAUUGGCAUUGAUAUCCCCGUUUUACCAAGAAAUACUGAUCUUACAGUGUUUGUGGAGGCCAACAUUCAACACGGGCAGCAGCUCCUUUCGCAGAGGAGGACUUCAUCGAAGCCUUUUACUGAGGAAGUUCUGUGGAAUAUUUGGUUGGAGUUUGAUACCAAAAUCAAGGAUUUGCCUAAAGGAGCACUCCUGAAUCUUCAGAUAUAUUGUGGCAAAGCACAGGGACUGUCCACAAAGGCAAACCUUCAGUCACAUGAAUCCCCCAACUCUGAUUCAAAAUGCAAAACUCAGCUUCUCUAUUAUGUAAAUCUUUUGUUGAUAGAUCACCGUUUCUUGCUACGAAGUGGGGAGUAUGUGCUCCACAUGUGGAAAAUUCCAGGCAAGGGGGAGGAACAAGGAAGUAUCAAUGCAGACAAACUCACAUCAGCAACUAACCCAGAUAAAGAAAACUCAAUGGCUAUCUCUAUUGUGCUGGACAAAUAUUGUCACCCAAUUGCCUUGCCCAAGCACAGGAUAACAUCAGACCCCCAAGGGGAUAGGACUCGAGCUGAAAUGCCCAACCAGCUUCGCAAGCAGCUUGAAGAGAUCAUAGCAACUGACCCACUUAAUCCACUUUCUCCUGAGGACAAAGAACUGUUGUGGCACUUCAGAUAUGAAAGCAUAAAGCACCCCAAGGCAUACCCUAAGCUGCUUAGCUCUGUGAAAUGGGGACAACAAGAAAUAGUGGCCAAAACAUACCAGUUGCUAGCUAAAAAGGAGGUUUGGGAUCAAAGCACUUUAGAUGUUGGACUCACACUGCAACUUCUGGACUGUAACUUUUCAGAUGAAAAUGUCCGAGCAAUGGCAGUUCAAAAACUGGAAAGUUUAGAAGAUGAUGAUGUUCUUCAUUAUCUUCUACAGCUUGUGCAGGCUGUGAAGUUUGAGCCAUAUCAUGACAGUGCAUUAGCCAGAUUCCUGCUAAAACGGGGUUUGAGAAACAAAAGAAUUGGUCACUUCUUGUUUUGGUUCUUAAGAAGCGAGAUUGCCCAGUCCAUGCAUUAUCAACAGAGGUUUGCGGUCAUCCUAGAAGCUUAUCUUAGGGGCUGUGGAAAAGCAAUGCUACAUGAUUUCAUGAAGCAGGUUCAAGUAAUUGAAUUGCUGCAUAAAGUCACAAUGGAGAUAAAAUCAGUUUCCGCAGAAAAGUAUGAUGUCACUUCUCAAGUUAUUGCACAGCUGAGGCAAAAGCUUGAAAAACUGCAGAACAGCAAACUUCCAGAAAGUUUUAGAGUUCCAUAUGAUCCUGGGCUAAGAGCAGGAGCUCUAGUGAUAGAAAAAUGUAAAGUAAUGGCAUCUAAGAAGAAGCCCCUUUGGCUUGAGUUUAAAUGUGCAGAUCCAACAGCUCUAUCAAAUGAAACCAUAGGCAUAAUCUUCAAACAUGGAGAUGACCUUCGUCAGGACAUGCUUAUUUUACAGAUUCUUCGAAUUAUGGAAUCCAUUUGGGAAGCAGAAUCCUUGGAUCUCUGUUUGUUACCGUAUGGUUGUAUUUCUACAGGGAACAAAAUAGGAAUGAUUGAAAUUGUGAAAGAUGCUACAACAAUUGCCAAAAUUCAACAGAGUACAGUUGGCAACACUGGUGCAUUUAAGGAUGAAAUACUAAACCAGUGGCUCAAGGAAAGAUGCAUGAUUGAAGAGAAGUUUCAGGCAGCUGUGGAAAGAUUUGUGUAUUCUUGUGCUGGAUACUGUGUGGCAACCUUUGUACUUGGAAUAGGAGACAGGCACAAUGACAACAUUAUGAUUACGGAAACAGGCAACCUUUUCCAUAUUGAUUUUGGCCAUAUUCUUGGGAAUUAUAAAAGCUUCCUUGGAAUUAAUAAGGAAAGAGUUCCUUUUGUGCUGACUCCAGAUUUUCUGUUUGUCAUGGGGACUGCCGGAAAGAAGACAAGUCUCCAUUUCCAUAAAUUUCAGAGGAUCAUCUUUGGGAAUCUGUCAUUGCAAAAGCACACUGAAGCAAGGGCGAAGAGUGGCUUCUUACAAGACCAGAGACUUGAAGGUCCCGUGGAGACUGACACCAGCAGGCCCCAUAUUCCUUUUCUAUACUGGGCCUACAAACUGCAUGUGGAAAAAGAACAAUGAACAUCCAAGAAAAAGAAAAUUAUCUCCUUCUACCUCAUGUUUCCCGAUAAAGAUUUACAUGAGCUGCAGAGAUCUGUCCGUGGAGUAUUUUUAUGACACAGCCACCCACAUAAAUGCUGGGAAAAAACCCAACCUAUGCAGAGUGGUCUUUAGUUAAUGCAAAACUUAUCCUCACAGUCCUUAAGUACUGGUGUUACCAGGACUAUCACAUGAGAAUAAAAACGCAUUUGACUGGAAAAGUGGAAAUUUCUUAAUGCAGUUAGUGCAGUAGUAACAGAAACACAGCCCUUCUCGAGGGUGACCAAGACUCAAAAAACGGGCCACCACAGCCUAGUUAUCCCAGCUGGUGUCAUGUAUGCAUCCUAUCCAAAGUUGUGAUCAAUCUAGCUAGUGGCAUCAGCAACUGUACCUGCUGAGAAGCAAGUUACCUGCUUUCAGCACUGCUCAUAAAGCAAUACUUCAGAGAGCACCCUUUAGUAUAUCGUCUUCGCAAGAGAUAGGCCAAUAAAAAAGAUAUACGGAAGAGUAUCAUAAUUGCAAUAUCCUAAUUUACAACAGCAUCAAAGAUAAAGCACAAGAAAUAUCUAUUAGUGUUAUUUACAAGAUCAAGAGAAUAUAAUAUGAAACUGAAUCACAGGAAAGCAAUUAAAAGCACCAGUUUGUCAAAAAGACACGGAAACCAUACUACAGCUGGGGACAACCCGCCAGGAUCUGUUUAAUACAGCAGAUACCACAUAGUUCACAGCAAGACCUUCCAAAAAAAAGGAUACCACAACCCUUGAAAAAAUUUGACCACCACUAGAAGAAGACAAGUUGCUGGCACCAGUGAGAACAGCACUGUUACAGGGAGAAGCUCCAUGAGUGCAGACAAGGGCACAAACAUCCAUAUAGCAAAGCUUCUGUUCAAACAGGGAAAGGAAAUUUUUGUAGAUCUCAGAAAUUUCACAAAUUCACAAAGGGCAUGAUUUAAAAAAUGUGAAAGUAUGGCAUGAAAACAUACAGAGGUCCAUAAGAAAAAAAUACCAUGACAGAAGGCUGAAAAAAAUCCCAACAUUUGGAGAAACACAAACAGAUAAUUCCCCCAAACUGCUCAGUGCCUACUAGAAAUGAAGAUAACAUGACACCAAUGAGACAAUCUUUUAGGAAAAUCAGUCCUUUAGGAGAAUUUAGAAAAUCUGGUUAACUUGCAGAACAACAAAGUAUUCUUCGCUACCAAAGACUUUUGGAAGGAAGAAACAAAGUUAACUCUAGAGUAUGGACUGCAGAAACAGAGUGCCUGGUCAUUACAACUAAAAUACCUCAAUUGCUCUGAAACUCGGGAGACCUCUCAGAAUAGUAAACACAGGGAAAGAUGGGCCAUGCACUUCCCCAUCAAGAAUGAUCAGAAAUGGUUAGAGACUAUUCCCUUCAUUCAAAACACCAGAACCAGACCAGAACUCAAGAGGCUUGAUGGCAAUGCCUGAUGCACCCAACAGAGCACAGCAGGAGUUGGCGGCUGCUCUUUCUUAACUCAGAGGAAACCAUUACCUGCUGAUAGUUGAUUACUAUGUUUAUUUUUCAAACUCAAUCAAACAACAUAGGAGCCGACAAUACAGCAAAUCAGGCUGUGACAGAGCCCUACGAAGCUCCCAGGCUGUGAGGGGAGAGGUGUACAAUGCAAGAAACUUUACCUUCAGUAUAUUUUCAUGUCUAUGUAUCCCAUUUAUUCUCUACAAAUUUCUGGGAGCAAGAUGUUUCUUGUUAAUUUGCUGUGUACUUUUUCCUAAAAUCUAAAACAAAGCCUUAUACCAAGCUACAGUGACUGUUUGGCAUAGAAUGGGUGAGUGUAGGAAGCCUGAUGUUAGUACCAAGCCCAGUGGAAGAAUCCAGCUCCUGCACAUGGGCUGUAUUGGCGUCACCCUGGCUGCCUGAUUGAGAAACCAACCUACAAAAAGCUUUUCUAGCACUUUUACCAACACCUAACAUUAACACACGCUGACUUGUUGAAAUGAGUAUGAGUAAGUGCAAGAAAUAAAAGGAAGGUGCUAUCUGCCACUAGUCUUCAACAUUUUUCAGCAGGAUCUAGCCCAGGAAUUAAUCUGUGCUCAAUGGUUUUCUUGAUUAAAAAGGCCUGUAAAGAAGGGACAGCUGGCAGUCGAGAUGCAACAGGACAAGUUCUUGCUAGAGUCUUCUUUCAGUCCAAAUGACAGCAAGGCCCUGAAAGCUGAGAGCUGGGCUGAAAAACCCUUGCUGUACCUUAGUUUCUUGACUUUUGCCCAAAUUUAAAGCAUCUUUUCCUUAAUGUUGACCAAGUUGUCUGUAAGGAAAACAUCAGAACUGUUCCUGUAAAAGUAGGAGUGUGCAUUAGCUUACUCUUGAGUGCCUACCCUCCAACAACUGGUUUGUGGCUCGCACUUUUCUUAAUGCUACUUUAUUCAUGGAAAAAGGGCUCUGCUGGAAGAUGCAAGCAAAUACCUUCCUAGCAGAUGAGUGGACUAGAGAUGGUUUAUGACUUGGAGAAUGUUUAUACCCAUGAGUCACCCUGUGGCAGUGUUUGCUAGUUAAGGGAUCUGCAGUGAAUUUAUUCAAGUAAUGGUCAACAACAAACAUCUGAGGGAUUUAACAGAUCUGUACAGGAUGGAUGUUUCAGACAUGCACAACCCGCUUUCCAUAUUAUUCUUGGCCCAAUGGGCAGGAAGCUGAUAAAGAUACAAGAAUAGUCGAUCAGCUACUAAUCAAAGCAAAUUAAGGUUGUCAAGACCUUCCCUCAGUUUACUGAACUACUGAAAAUAAGCAAAAGCUGUGAGUUGUUUCUAAUGCCAAGAGUUAUUAAUCAACAUUUGUUCACUGGAAGACAAGCUAGAAAUUGUACUAUAAUAAAAAGUGUCAAAUCUAUUAAAACUUCCACAAGAAAUGUCAGUAUUGCGACAAGAAGCCUAGUAAGAUGAUCUGUCCUCAGAGUAAUUAAAUCAGCAGAACAACCUAAUUUUUAUGCACACAGAAGGGACUUACAGGGGAAAAGGAAAAUCCUUGCUCGUAGUUGUGCAAUAUGCUGCCAGCAAUACUGAAACAGCAAAUGAAGAGAAAAUGCAUGCAAUAUGAGCAAGUCCUGGGUACCUCCUGCUUAGAAUAUAGAAAACUCCAAUACAGCCAAUCCAAGCACAAGCAAUUUUUCAUGUUUUGGCUGUAGCUACAAGAACCAAAAGCAACACUUACCUCAGGUGGAAGAGAAGAUUUAAAUGCCCGAGUGAAGGAUUAUGGUACAUUUUGACAAUGUUUUAAAGAAUACUUCCAAAAUUCCUUUGCUUAUGAGAAUGUGUGGCAAGACACAAGCAAAUAGUCAUACGGAUUUUUUAAGCGAGGACAAGGAAAUUAUAGAGUCCUCCUUAAUCUUUUUUUCAUGUGCCUUGAGCGGAGUUGUUCUGAGCAGAGCGUGUGUUUGAGAAGUUUUGUUAACAAAAAGCCUGUUUUAGCUCAUCCCAUAUGGAUUUCCAUUCCUUCACACAGCCUAAAUAAAGGCAAUAAAAUCA